AUGUUUUUGUGCGUCGCCUACGUGUUUCUACGAUAUUAUCGUUUCGAUCGAAAUAUCGAAACGAAAACCGACAAAAAUGCUAUACGACAACGACGAGACCGCCGAUCUCAUAAACGCUUCGGGUAUAAACAAUAUACCUUCGUUGGAAAUACAGUCUGGCAGUCUGGAAAUAAAUUGCUGGCGACGGCUCACGAUUGUCAUCGAGGACUAGUGUCGGUCGUCGACGAUAUAGUUCGGAUAUCGAUUACGGGCGUAUUUGUGCAAACAUCAACGCUCACGCGUUUCGAGUGUCGGAAAACGACUUGGUGUUUAACGAAAAUGGCAAACUCGACGCCGGCACGUAUUGUAAACUCGGUGAAAAAAAACAUUGCAACACCAGGAGAACCGCGAUCAUGA